AUGACUUUCCCUAUGGGGGCUCAUUUGUGUAGGAAGCGCUUUACUUUAUCAGCCUAUGUGCUUAUCUGGGGCUUUCAUUGUGCUGUAAUCCUUCUGCACCCACUGGCCUUAGCCUGUCCCAGAAGUUGUCACUGCUCGGACAGGAACGGCCUAACAGUGGUGCAGUGUGUGUCCCGCAGUCUGGCUCAGAUUCCCGACGAUCUCCCCCAGGAUACCGUUUCCCUGCUCCUGGCCUCCAACCACAUCACCCAAAUCCCUCACCAAGCUUUUAAGAACCUUCCAAGGCUGCAGGAGCUGGAUCUUUCGCACAAUGCUAUCGACACUGUAGACGCAGGCGCCUUCCGGGGUGUCUCUGAAAGCCUGAACGUGCUGGACCUGUCCCACAACCACAUCCGCAGUGUGCCUAAGGAGGCCUUCGUCCGGUUACACGCCAAGAUCAACCUGUCCAACAACCCGUGGCACUGUGAGUGUACUCUGCAGGAGGUGCUACGGGAGCUCAGAUUAGACCCUGAGACGGUGAACGAGGUUAACUGUCACACCUCAGUGGAGGAGGAAUACUCUGGCAGACCCGUGAUCCAGGUGCUGGACUCGGGAAUCAACUUUUGUAACUUUCAUCAUAAGACCACUGAUGUGGCCAUGUUUGUAACUAUGUUUGGCUGGUUCACAAUGGUGAUUGCCUAUGUUAUCUACUAUGUGCGGCACAACCAGGAGGAUGCUAUGAGGCACCUGGAGUACCUCAAGUCUCUGCCAAGCAGCUCCCAGACAAGCAAAGAUUUUGACACUGUCAGCACUGUACUGUAG